UCUCACCCUCCUCUGCCAAUCACUUCCCCACCCAUAGUGUCUCCUCCUCCUCCUCCCUCUCUCCCACCCCGGGCUGUGACGCGCCUAGUGCUGCUGUCGGAUGGCAGGGAGGAGGAGGGGGAGAGUCCCUGGGAGAGAAGAGAGAGACACAUACACACAGACAGCAGGCAGGCUGUGCUGCUCGCAGAUACGGCUGCAGGGACAAAGGCACUGGCUGCUCUAGAGCCUUUUCUCACUGCCCCCGUCCUGUGCUGGGAUUAUUGCCCCUCUCCUGCUGCAUCCUGCGAUCUCCUCCAUGGAAAGCUGAGCCCUCUGCCCAUACUCUGCAGUAGUGUCUGCUGAGCGCUGGACUUCCCCCGUGCAGGUGACGAUAGAGGAAUGGAUAUAACAUAACCAGCCCUGAAGCUCCAAGUCUGACUGUGAAUCUUUACAAAUGCUUGUCUCCCUGCAAAACAGUGCUGAUAAAAGCAUGGAUGAAUCUGCCUUGUUGGACCUUUUAGAAUGUCCCGUGUGUCUGGAGAGACUCGAUGCCACUGCUAAAGUCUUGCCAUGUCAACACACGUUCUGCAAGCGCUGCCUGCUGGGGAUUGUAAGUUCCCGGAGUGAGCUGCGUUGCCCGGAGUGCAGGACGCUGGUGGAGUGUGGGGUGGAUGAGCUUCCCAGCAAUAUUCUACUGGUCAGGCUGCUGGAUGGAAUCAAACAAAGGCCAAGGAAACCUGGGGCAGUGCUGAGCACUGGGAAUAGCACAAAUGCAUUAAGGGCACAAGGCAACGUUACUACUAAUUGUGGCACAAGUGAUGCACCGAGUACUCAAGGAGGACCUCAGAGAAUACAAGCACGAAGCCCUCCUGUAAGGGGUGUACCUCAGUUACCGUGUGCCAAAGCUUUGUACAACUACGAAGGGAAAGAGCCUGGGGAUCUGAAAUUUAACAAGGGCGACAUCAUCGUGCUUCGCCGCCAGGUUGACGAGAAUUGGUACCACGGAGAAAUCAAUGGCGUCCACGGCUUCUUCCCAACCAACUUUGUGCAGAUUAUCAAGCCUUUACCUCAACCUCCGCCUCAAUGCAAAGCACUUUAUGACUUUGAAGUGAAAGACAAGGAAGCUGACAAGGAUUGCUUGCCCUUUUCAAAGGAUGACAUUCUCACCGUAAUCCGCAGAGUGGAUGAGAACUGGGCAGAAGGAAUGUUGGGAGACAAAAUAGGAAUAUUCCCGAUUUCCUAUGUAGAGUUCAACUCUGCAGCUAAGCAACUUAUAGAGCUGGACAAGCCCUCGGGAGUGGACUCUGGGGAAGGAACUUCUGGGACAACAUAUAGCAGCUCUUCACAAAAGCACACAGAUGCCAAGAAGAACACCAAAAAACGUCACUCCUUUACCUCCCUUACCAUGUCCAACAAGUCAUCACAGUCUGUACAGAACCGUCAUUCCAUGGAGAUCAGUCCUCCUGUGCUCAUUAGCUCCAGCAACCCCACUGCUGCGGCCAGGAUUAGCGAGCUGUCCGGUCUGUCCUGCAGCGCUCCUUCUCAGGUCCAUAUCAGUACUGCAGGGCUAAUUGUGACCCCACCCCCAAGCAGCCCAAUAAUAAGUGGUCCUGCAUUUACAUUCCCACCGGAUAUCACCUACCAAGCUGCUCUAGGAGAUUUGAAUCCACCUAUUCUUCCUCCUCCACCCUUGACUGCUGCUGUUAUUGUCUCCACAACUUCUGGGGCAACAUCUUCUACUGCUGGACAGAGAUUGGCUAGUGGUCCUGCUGAACAAGUCGCCCAUCUUAGGCCAUCCACUCGACCAAGCGUGUAUGUGGCAAUCUAUCCAUAUUUCCCACGUAAGGAGGAUGAACUGGAGCUACGGAAAGGUGAAAUGUUUCUGGUAUUUGAACGCUGUCAGGAUGGAUGGUUCAAAGGCACUUCUAUGCACACCAGUAAGAUUGGAGUCUUCCCUGGGAAUUACGUUGCACCUGUCACAAGGGCAUUAACAACUGGAACACACACUAAACUUGCUAUGGCAACAGCAGGUAUAGGCACACAAAUCGUGAACAUGGUAGCCCCAUGCUCUAGCGGAGUACCGUGCCAGAAGUUACAAGGAAACGGAGUAGACUUCUGCAAAGUAGUUAAUUCGAAUGGUGUUCCCCCGGCAGUUGUUCCAGGAAGUCAUAUUCAAACCAGCCCACAAGCCAAGGUCUUGAUACACAUGAGUGGCCAAAUGACCGUAAACCAAGCCCGCAAUGCUGUCCGGACAGCUGCUGCACACAGUCAGGAGCGACCAACAGCCGCAGUUACGCCCAUCCAGGCUCAGAACUCAUCUUGCCUUAGCCAAACAACUGGCAACACCCAGCAAGGCGCCUCUACCCAGCAAAUGCAGCCUCCACUUUCAAGUUCAGUUGCUUACAUCAAUGCUGCCAUGAAUCUCAACAGAGCAAAUGUUCCAAUGGCUGCCAAUCCUUCCAGCAGCAGUGCGCCAUCUGUGGAGGCAGAUUGCAGCUGGAAAUCUGUCCCUGGAGUCUCCGGCUGUUCCUUAUCUCCUGAUAAUGCCUCUGCACCAUUAACUUCUGCUAAUAAGCAAGACAAGGAUAGCAAGAAGGAAAAAAAAGGUUUGCUCAAGUUGUUGUCUGGUGCCUCCACCAAAAGAAAGCCCCGUGCGUCUCCACCUCACUCACCGACUCUAGAACUGGAACAGGCAGCUACAGAGUCAGCCCUGGAAGGCGCAGUAGGCCCUGAUAUUGUCAGCAACUGUGGCCGGGCAGCUGCCUGCACUGUGGAUUGUGAAGCUGUAUCUGGCUCUGCUCUCGCACAAGAGAACCGCAAAACAAGUUUGGUGGAUCUCAAUGUUCCUAUAGCUCCUCCACCAAGACAGCCUUGCUCCUCACUGGGCCCCGUACUAAAUGAUUCCCGGCCUGUAGUCUGUGAAAGAUACAGGGUGGUGGUAUCAUAUCCUCCGCAGAGCGAAGCUGAGCUGGAACUCAAGGAAGGAGACAUUGUAUUUGUGCACAGGAAACGUGAGGAUGGUUGGUUCAAAGGCACGCUCCAGCGAAACGGCAAAACCGGAUUAUUCCCAGGCAGCUUUGUGGAGAACAUUUAAUUUUUUGUUUUCGGUAGCUUACAAAAAAGAGCACAAAACAUCCGAGCUGUCUCUGUGUAGACAUUGGACGUCACCAGUGGCACACGAGUUGAGGAAGAACGCAUUUGGCAGCCACGCAGCCCCUACCACACGCUGCUGGAAAGGACUGGAACGUGUCCACUGAUUUAUUAGUUACCCAGACUUUGUUUUGCCCAUGUCAUUUGUGCCUUGUACUGUUUAGUUUUAUACUUUUUUUUUUAUUUCAUUUUCCCUUUUACCCUAACAACAAAUAAACUAAUGUUUACAAGGCAUUAGCUAAUAAUUUAUUUGCUUCCUCUCCGUUUUGUACAUUUUGAAAGUACUUUUUUUUAGAUUGCAAUCUUUUGAAAUGAUAAAUAUAGCAAAUGAUUAAUUUAUGAAAUGGCACAGAACAGAGAAGCUGGUUUCUUUUCUCUCCAACCGACAUAGAUACUGCGCCUUAGAAUCUUGUUUUUAAGUAAUUGUUCUGACCAGUGGAAUAUAGUCUGUGUAUUGUGUAGCGUAACACAUUUGUGCGGACAGACGAGAGGGAAGCAUCAAUGACAUGUACUUGUGUGUUUGCCAUUUAGAGGGUGCACUUGUGUAGGUGUAUGUGUUUUGUUUCUCUUACUAGUAAUACAGACUGUCUAGGUAAUGCACUAGUGAUGGCUUUGGCUCUGAGCUCUUAACAUCAGCAUCUCUGACUCAAUAAGGCACAGACCGGAUAUCGUAACUUCUCUUUCAUUAACUCCACCACAAAUAAAGUCAUUAUGACGGCAGCAGUGUAGGAGUUGUUAUUGGAAAACUGUUCUCUGACGAUAGUGUAGUGUGUGGUAGUAGCGUGAGACUGAUCUUAUAUGGGAAUAUACUUGACUGUACAUCAUCCACACAGACCUCAAAAGCAUUAUUUACAGUAGAAAUAGCUUCCUGAUGCCGGGAUCCCGAAGGAGGACACAAUGCCGGCGUCUGCAUACACGCCGCUUGGGAUGCUGGCAUCACAUUACCGACAACCAGCAUCCCGAUCGUCCUUACAGCGGGACGCGCUGGCGUCCUGCCACAGGGGGAGGUUAGGGUUAGGAAGGAGAAGUGGGGUUAGCAUUAGGGAGCAGGAAAGGUUCGGGACCGGGGAGGUUAGGUUUAGGCACUUAGAGGGGGAGGGUUAGGUAUCAAGCGGGGAGUGUUAGGGUUAGGUACCCCCAACGGAAGGUUAGGGUAGGGAAAAGGUGAGGGUUAGGGCCCUUAAUGGGGGGCUGUUGGGAUUCUGAUGGACAGGAUGGCGCUGUCGGUAUACUGACAGCCGGCAUCCCGUCCAUCGGCAAAUCAUACUGAUCCCAUUCACAGUACAUCUAGCUAUCAUUAAUCGGCUGUCCCAGUUGUGGUCGGUGUGAUCAAUCGGCUUUAUACCCAACUAGACGAAGAACUAAACAUUGAGUGGGGGGUUUUCCCCCUUAGCAUUAGACUUUCCUUUCAGUAUCUCAUAACGUUGAUACAUAUUGUGAUUUCAAGAUUAGUAGAGUAGGAUAGUUAGGUAAUUUAUCAGGUCUGCUUGUUCCAGCAUCAUUCUUCUUUUUGAUGUAAAUUGCAUUUGAAUAUUUGUUGUUAGUUUUUACAUUAAAGUGAGCUAUAUUUUCCAGCUCAUACUGUUUAUGUGAAAGAAAGUUCAUUACUUGAUAUUGUAAGAAAUAUUUUUCAUACAUAAUAGGCCAUGUAUGCAUUCGUGUACAGAACUGUUUCGGCCAUGUAUGCAUUUGUGUACAGAACUGUUUCGGCCAUGUAUGCAUUUCUGUACAGAACUGUUUCGGCCAUGUAUGCAUUUCUGUACAGAACUAUUUCGGCCAUGUAUGCAUUUCUCUACAGAACUGUUUCGGUCACGUACGCAUUUCUCUACAGAACUGUUUCGGCCAUGUACGCAUUUCUCUACAGAAUUGUUUCGGCCAUGUAUGCAUUUCUACACUGAACUAUAAGACUUCCGGCUUAUCACUUUUUAUCUGACAGCAUUAUGAUCAAACAUUGAAUAUUGGGUAUGAAGUUUUUCAAGUGUCCUGGUUGUUGUAUGAAAGACCAUUACUAUCUGAACUGAACAAAGUUAGGCAGCUAUUUCCAGAUUAUUUAGCUUUACAGGUUGAAGAACAUGUUCUAUAUUCAAGAUUAUAAUGUUCUGCAGUCAAAACGCAGUGCCAUAAACUUCUAGUAAACUUACUGUAAUAAAUGUACAGCUAAUCAUGAUGAACAAGUGAACUAAGACUAAGGAGGAAUUCAAUUAGCUGCAGUAGUUUGCAGCUGGCUAAUUUAUCCCGCAGGGCUGUUCAAUUAGCCCCAAAGACAGCCCACAGGCUACGUUAACGGGGAUAUUUUUUUCAGGACUGCACCAGAAUUAACCUGUGCUUGGGUGCUGCGGUCAUGUUAAAACAUAGGUCUGGGAAUUUAUGCUAGAUCAGAGGUUCUCAAACUCUGUCCUCAGGACCCCACACAGUGCAUGUUUUGCAGGUAACUCAGCAGGUGCACGGGUGUAUUAAUUACUGACACAUUUUAAAAGGUCCACAGGUGCAGCUAAUUAUUUCACUUGCAAUUCUGUGAGGAAACCUGCAAAACGUGCACUGUGUGGGGUCCUGAGGACCGAGUUUGAGAACCUGUGUGCUAGAUUAUAUGUUUUAACAACCAUUAAUAGUUAAUUAAUAGGCUGAGAAACAGGGUCCCUAAUUGAAUAGCCACGGUUGUUAAAGCCCGAGGCUAACAGCCUUUUUCACACACAGUAAAUUAUCUGGGCUAAUCGAAUUACCCCUUAUGUGUACUAAGGGUAUGCAGUCAUUAUGUUGAUAUUCAGAAUAUCGAAACUGUCAACAGUGGAAAUGUCGUCAUUGUGAAUGUUGAAAGGCGCACUGUUGAGAGUCCAUAUUAGUAUUCGUCUGUGUUUAGGCUACAGUUAGGGCUCAGAUAUUCUAAAUACCGACUGGCAUUACGUUCAUGCAGUCCUGCAGCCCAUAAGUAAAAUCCACCACUGUAUGUCUCCAUUGCUAUAAUGCCAGACAUUUACAUUGGUUUUAGCUGAUAGUAUUGGGAGGGAGCUUCGUAAUACAGUAAGGGGUAUAUUUACCAAAGGUUGAUUUUCAUUUAUUCUUAUCAAAAUAAAGAUGAUGGAAAUCGAUCGAAACCGAUGUGAUGUUUCAAGGGCUAAAACACACAUUUACUAACAUUUACAAAUUAUUAUAAAAAAUCAUGUUAGUAAACGUGUGUUUUAGCCCUGGAAAUACAACAUCGAUUUAGUUCAACUUUUGUUGAUUUGAAAUCAAUCAUGCGUAAAUAUAUCCCCUAGAAUCAUUGCAAAUUCACCAGAUGAAUAAAAAGCCAGCUCCUGCGUGCGGUUAUUUGUUUAGUUAGAACAAUCAGCAAGUCAUCUGCUGUGUACGGACUCCGCUCACAACUUUCCAGUAAAACACUCCCUUUGGAAUUUGGGUAAUCAAGUAAUCUCUUGACUGUACAUCUAUGUGCCUGUCUUUUACAUAAUGAGGAUCAGCAAAGAGCUGCUUUUGUGUAGAGCGUUAUUGUAGCUUAUCUGUUUGUUCCCUAAAUCAGAAAUAUAUACUGUACAUUCUACAGCUAGGAAUUGUGGUAGUAACAUCAUUAUUUGCAUUUUCCCCCACACAGCUACUAAGCAUAUAUAGUCCCCUUGUCACACUUAAGGUGCAUACACAAUGGGCAUUUUUGCCCAGUGUGUAUGCAGAGCGAUGAUGUGAACAUCGCUGGGCGGAAAAUCGCUCAGUGCAUACACACUGAGUGAUUUUCACCCCGGCCCAGUGAUGUUCGUGUGGGGUGAACCACUUUCCACAGUAGGAGACUGUGGAAAGUGGUUCACUCUGCCGGUAAAACAGCCUGAUGAACGGCGGCGGCCAGCGAUGAUGCGGGAGCGCGCAUCAGCUUUCACCGCUCAUCGCCUGGCCAUACACACAGGACGAGUUUAAGCUCAAAGUAGCUCAAAACGCCCAAAGUGAGCUGCUUUGAGCUCAAAAUCGACUAGUGUGUGGGCCUUUAUUUGGCCAUGUCUUGCGCUUUUUAGCUUGCAGAGAACUAAAAACAAUUAAUAUCAAAAAAAUUACAGCUAAGGGGGAGAGUUAUGAAAUCAUAAAGGGGGGAGAUGUACUAAGCCUUGGAGAGAGAGAGAGUACCAGCCAAUCGGCUCCUGCCAUGUUACAAGCUGUGUUUGAAAAAUGACAGGAGAUGGUUGAUUGGUACUUUAUCUCUCUCCACUUAUCACUUUCCAAUGCUUAGUACAUCUGCCCCAGAUUGAGAUAAAGUGGAGAAGUUGCUCAAAGCAACCAAUUGGCUUAUAACUGUCAUUUUUCUAGCAUAGCCUGUAAAAUGUCAGAAGCUGGGAAUUUAUCUCUCUCUCCGCUUUAACUUUCUCUCCAAGAUUUGAUAAAUCUUACCCUUAGCAUGAUAUUGUUUUUACUUUAUGCUAUUCCUCCAAUGAAACAUGUAGAGUAGAGACUGUUGGGUUGCAAGUGCAGUGACUGUGGCAUCUACCAGCCAUAAGUCCAUUCUAGCAACAGCCCAAUACACAAAUGGCGCUUAUAAAUAAACCACAUACUGUAUAUGUAAGGAAGAACUGUAAUGGGUAUAUCAACACUUUCGGCAUUCAAGAAUUCAAACAUCCCACUAUCUGCUUAAGGUGCAUACACACGGUGAGAUUCGGGCUAACCCCGAUUCUCACUAUGCGGCAGGGGCUAGGUCGGCAUCACAAGCAUAUAAUGACGGUGCUUGCGAUACUGACUCUGCGAUUUUGGCUAAGUGUCAAUUUUAACUUUCUUUUGUACGAGAUAGUCAAAAUUGACUUGCCUGCACAGUCUAUCUAAGCUUGUGAUGCCGACCGCGCAUCGGGAUCGCAAGGUGACCUUGCAGUCUGCACUAACUAUUCUUACGAUUUUGACUAUAUAGUCAAAAUCGUAAGAAAAUUUCUCACCGUGUGUACACACCAUUAAUCUACAUAUGUGUGCAAAGAGGAUUGUAUUGUGUCCUAGUUUAGCUAACGCUUGGCCGCCUUAUCCUGCCACGAUGAUAUAAGUAACCUGACAGCUUAGACAGGCUUGUUUAGAGUAGAGCUAUCACUGCUGUAAGUUGUUGGAUCAUUAUAGCUAUAAUUGCUUAAAUGCCAGAUGUCACUGCAGUUCUGUAACCAUGUUUUGUUUUUGGGGGGGAACGGGGGGUUAUAGCAUACUUGAAUUUCAGUGUAAAUUUAUGUCUUGUGAAAUAUAAUAUAAUGAAGAUGAAGCUGGCUUCAGCUUUUCUUAACAUAACUAGUUAAUACUUGUAGGGUUGUAAUCUUUUUAGGACAGACAGACUUUUAUUAGCGACCAUAUCAUUUUCCAGUGACAAGAAGGUUUCCGCUGAUAAGGACCUACAAUAUAGAGGAAUCUGCAAGGAAGAAAUGGAAUUCUAACCUUGGCAAUAUGUUUGCUACAUUUCAUGCUACAAAAUGUGUUCUGUUAGAAUCUGCUGUCAUUUUUAUGCAUCAUUUGAUGAUAAAUGUUUUGUAACAAGGAUUUGUCGCACAGCAGUACAUUUAUAAAAGACAUAACUAAACUUUUUUCAUCAAAAAUAAAGAUAGUUGAAAACAAA